CAGGAUCGUGAAGAUCGGCUCCCUGGAGUGGUACUACGAACACGUGCGAUCCCGUUUCAAGAGGUUCGGAAGUGCCAAAGUGCUGCAGUCCCUCUACGGCCGGCUGCAGCCGGGGCAGGGGGUGAUCGCCCCGCGUCUAGGUCUUCAUGACAGAGUUUACAGCCUGCCGGACAUUAACAGCGAACGCCAGCUCCUCGCCAGUGGUGGCACUGGGGACGACAGCGAUGACGAAGAUGACGUCCUUCGUGGAGCUGAAGCAGAGUGCUACAGCAGAAUGCGCAAGACGAAGCGCCUGCUGUCUGUCCAUCCCUUUGAUUUCGAACUGGACUCGGAGAACUCUGCUCCGUCUCGCCGCCAAUCUGUGCAGCUCUCCCCAGCAGCCAGCAGCCCGGACGCUUUCCAGUCCUUCCCAGAUUUCCCCAACUUGACCGAAGAUGCAACCCAGGAGUCCAGGAUCACAGAGGCAGAUCUAGUCUUCCACCACGUCUUGCAGGAGCAGGGUCCGGGCGUCAGCCCUCCGGAGCAGCACUUCAGCACCGAGGUUCGGCUGACCGUCAAUUCACGGAGAAGGAGCUUGGAAAGAAAUGUAAAACCUGGCAGCCCCUGGAACGAGCAGCCCCGGUCCCGGUACUCGGCAGAUACGGACACUUCUGAUGAGGACGUGAAGGGAGCCCAGUGCCCUGCCUACCUGCCCCAUCACGCGAAACGCCGGAACAGAGCCUCCUCCCAGGAGAACAUCAGCCACUCCGGCAGUCAGAUUCACGAGCUCAACAAACGCAUGUCCGCAAUCGAACGCGUGUUGAACCGCUUGGAGGAAAAAAUCCUGGUGCGCUCCGACGAGUCUCCGGCCCCAGAGUCCCAACUUGAUGCUGAGGAGGAGGAGUUGAAGAGGAAGCUGGAGGAGUUAGCCAGCAACAUCAGCGACAAAGAUGUCUCUUCUGAAGAAGAAGGUGGUGAAGAAAAGGAGAGAGCAAAGAAGCCAGAGAUUAGUUCCUCCAGUGAUGACGUGGCCAGGGAUGCUCGAAAG